AUGCCACCACCAAUACAAGGGCAAACACAAGCAAUAACAACACAAAUUCAGCCUGAUCCAUCUACUUUAACAGCCGCAUUAGUAUCCACAAACAAAAAUAUGAUAUUCAGUUUAACACCACCCAUGAUGCUCAUCAAAUCUCUAAAAUCACCAUCGGAAAAUUGCCCAUCAAGAGAUGAUACAAUAAUAAGAUCGAGAGCAAGAUCAAAUUCAAAGAAAAAUCAACAACAACCACACAAAACAUCACAGACGUUGAUAGAUCAGUCGGAAAUGGGAAGAGAUGAAUUAACAACAACAUACAAUGAUGUCGAUGUUUAUUCUGUAAAUGAAACAAAACUAAAUGACAAAAUGACAUCAUUUUCACUUACUGGCUACAACAUCUUCAGACAAGAUCGUGAUGAGAAAGGUGGAGGAGUACUACUGGCCAUUAGAAACAAAUAUCAAGUAAAUUUAAUUUAUAAUGGUAUAAUUGAAAACAACGAACUCGUAGUUAUUGAACUAGAAUUAAAACAAAACAAAACACUAAUUGUGGCAUCUAUAUAUGUACCACCAAAAAUAAAAUUAUCAAUUAAAGUGUUGAAUAAAAUAAAAAAUCUGAAUGAUCAGUAUUUAAUAAUUAGCGAUUUAAAUGCAUCUCAUGAGUAUUUUGGAUGUGCAAAAACAAACAGAAACGACUCCUAUGCUGAAAAACUUGAUUGGAUGUUAUCUGAUAUUGAAACAUCAUCAUUAGCAUCGAACUUUUGCACACAUCCAAUACUUGGUACAACAAUAGUUGGACAUAAACCCAUUACAUUUGAUUUAUAUUGUGAGGUAGAUGAUAGACCAAGAGAAUGUGCUCAAAAACAGUUCAUUUUUUCUCAGGCAAACUGGAUUGUGUACCAUAGAGAAUUAAACAGACGGUUGAACACACGAGAAGUAGAAGAAGUCGAUAACAGCCAAGCACCUGUGGGUUACAGUCAGUUCAUCACAGAUUGUAUAGCUGGUGCUUGUCAAUUAGCUGUACCAGAGGCGGAAUUAUAUAAACGUUUCACAUCUGUUAAACCCAGUAAAGAAUCACUAAAGUUAAUAAAGAAAAAACAUCAGUUCUACAGACAGUUACAAAAAAAUCCCAUCAACACACGAUUAAAAGAUGAAUAUUACAAAAUUCGUGUACUUGUUCAAAAUUCCUUAUCAAAUGAUAGUCGAAUACAAUUCAAAAAUUUAAUGAAAAACUUAUCAACACCAAAAAUGAGAAGUGAUCAAUUAUGGUCUGUGGUAAACAGAUUUCAUGAAAAACGCACAAAUCGAGAAUUAAAGCACGAAAUAAAAUAUCGAAACAAAACAGCAAAAUUCGAUCAAGAAAAGGUGGACAUGUUUAAGACAUAUUUCGAAGAAGUUUAUGACAACAAACCCCAUAACUGCAUACAACAUUUUGACAUCGAUAGAGAAAUAAAACAAGAAAUUGAUAGAUUAACUAAAAUAAAAACAUUCACACAUCCAAAAAUAAUCGAAAACGAAUUAAAAAAAGUCAAUAUUGAACUUAGGCAACACAGCAGUUGGUCAUGA